AUGGUUGUUCUACAAUUGGAAUUCAUACCUUUUUCCUUAUCCAACUUUGUCAAAGAACUAUCUUCAUUAGAUCGUCUUCGAAUUGCAUUACUAAAUCUCGAAUCAAUUCCUGCUCACAAAAUUCCCUCUCCACCAAAUCAACAACGAAGAGCCAGCGUUGCCAUUAUCAUUCGUAUUAGGCCUAAUCUUUCUCAUUUCUCCCAUAAUUAUCAUGAUCAAUCAUCAUCCGCUGCACCAAUUUCAUCUUCCCUAAAUCAUUUGAUAGAAUCAUCUAAUGGGAAUCUACCUGCAAUUUCUACAAUUCUUGAAGAAUUUUGGAAAUUACCUUGGGUUACAGGUGGUGAACCUGAAAUUUUGUACAUAAAGCGGGCUUUAAGAGAGGGUGAUCGGUGGAGUGGUCAAAUGGCCUUUCCGGGUGGAAAACAAGAUCCGAAGGAUGCUGACGAUUUGGAUACGGCUGAAAGGGAAGCGUUUGAGGAGGUGGGAUUAGAUCUUGGUGACCGUAAAUUGUUUUUGUGUGUUGGAGCUUUAGAUGAUUGUAAAGUGACCACUACUUUCGGAAAGCAAUUAUUAAUGAUUCUUUGUCCUUAUGUUUUUCUUCAACUGAUUCAAGAAACUCCUCCAAUUGAGAUAUCUGGCUCUGAAGUGGAAUCAACCCAUUGGGUCCCACUUUCUAUAUUUUUAGAUCCCCAGAUAACUCAAAAAUGGAAUCCGGCUUCAAUCGAUUUAUCACCUCGAAUUGCCCCAAAAUCAUGGAUUCUUCAAUGUGUGUUAAAAACAUUUAUUGGCCGUAUGCAUUUUCACUGUAUCGAUUUACCACAAAUAGAUUCCACCGUGCCAUCAAUAUCUGGUAAGAACAAUAAUCGACCAUGGGCUAUCUCAGAUAUUGAAACUUUAAAAAAAUUGUCAACACGUCCAGAUACUCAGAUUGGAUCAGUCACAACGUUACGGUUAUGGGGACUUACACUACAAAUGACUAGCGAUUUGAUAGAUAUGAUGUAUAAGCCUGAUGAAGUUCCACCCAGGAGAUUAGACGCUUUUAGACCAAAAUUUGAUUAUUGGGACGUUAAUUUUUUUAGUUGGUUAUUUCUGAAAAGUAAUCGAGGAAAUUACAGAAGACAGCAGAUAGACUUUGCAUCAAGAAGAACUAUAUGGGCAAAUGGAUGGAGUGAUUAUUAUAGAGCAUUACAAAAAUCUAUAAUAAUUGCUAUAAUUACAAGAACUUUAUUUAUUUUGUGGUUACUUCGAAAAUCACCAGUCUUG